AUGAGAAAGUACCUCAUUGUUUUUGAUGGUUUGUGGGAUUUUGAGUCUUGGAAGUAUAUUUUGAGUUUCCUUCCAAACGAUGAAGUAGGAAGCCGGAUACUGAUAACUAGUCGUGCAAUGAUGGAAUUGCCCACCAGCACAGGUACGCAUAUUCCUUAUAACCACCAUUGUUUUCGUAUGAGCAUUCUAAAUGAAAAUCAAAGCUGGGAAUUAUUGGAAAGGAAACUGUUUGGAAAACAAAGUUGCCCUGUUGAAUUGGUGGAAGUCGGAAAGCAAAUUGCUAGGCAAUGUGGAGGACUACCCUUAGCAAUUGUUCUUAUUGUUGGUACUAUCCUCAACAACCCAAACCCAGAGUCACAGGACUCCUGGCUGUGUGUCAUGGACGACAUAACAUCAAUCGUAUUUGCUAACCCAGAGUCGUGUCUAGACAUCAUUGGUUUAAGUUACAAGUACUUGCCCCCUCACCUCAAAGCCUGUUUUCUUCUAAUGGGUGGGGCUUUCCCUGCACAAUGUGAGAUUGAUGUUGAAAAACUAAGCAAUUUAUGGAGGGCCGAGGGUUUUUUAGAUGCCGUUCACAACCUGCCAGAGAUAAUCUUAAAAGAACUUAUGCACAGGAGUUUAGUUUCAGUUGGCAGGAUAAGUUUUGUUGGUAAAAUCAAAACAUGUACCCUUCAUGAUCUUGUGCGACAGUUAUGCUUGAGAGAAGCUCAAAAAGAAAAUUUCUUGCAUGUUAUAGAAGGAAAUGCUAAUGGCGUUGGAAAUGCCCCAGCUUUAGAAAAUCAGCACCAUCUUAUAUUCAACAUAGAACAUUGUGAUAACUGCAUUCAAAUGUUGCCUCCACUUCCUCAUCUCCAAUCUUUUAUAUGGCUUUCUCUUGGAUCCGGUUUUAUACCAGGUAUGGUAGGUCUCAUAUUAUCUGGUUUUAAAUGGUUAAGAGUGUUAGAUAUAUAUUUUUUGCCUUUCGACACCUUCCCUAGACAAAUCCUGAACUUGGUAAAUUUAAGAUAUCUUGCACUCAAUGUGACAUAUGUGCUUGAUAAGUCAGUAUCUAAGCUUCACAAACUUGAGACCUUGCUGGUCUAUGGUCCCUGGAGCCAUAGUGGAAAUGAGGGAACCCCGACUCUAUUUUUGGAUAUUUCAAAAAUGCGAUGCUUGUUGCAUGUUUACACUUGGGUACCGAGUAUUUUAAGAGGUAAUGAUUUCCAAGCACUCCAUCUUAACCUUACGGAUUUAUCCAAAAUAACAUUGCAUAGCUCAUGGCUGUUGUUCGGGUGCUCACCAAAUCUUAAGAAACUCGGAGUUUUUGAAACCAAUGAAGAUUACCGGACUGGUAGAGUGUUGAGAUGCUUCUCGGACAGGGGGUUUCAAAGAUUGAAUCAACUAGAUUCACUGAAGUGUUCUUUUUACAAAGGGAAGACGGAAGCAAGAAGUUUAAAUUUGAGUGCUUUACCAGCCACUCUCAAAAAGUUGACAUUGACAGGGAGUUGUUUAUCUUGGGACCAAAUGAAGCUUCUUGCGGGGUUACCCAAUCUGGAGACUUUAAAGCUGAAAAAUGAGGCUUUUAUAGGUCCAGAAUGGGUGCAAACUGAUGAGGUAUUUCCUCCGCUGAAGCAAUUAUUGAUUGACAAUGCAGUUCUAAUGAUGUGGCAAACUGGAAACGAUGAUGAGCACUUUCCACGCCUUGAGCGGCUGGUUCUGAGUUACUGCAAGUUUCUUCAGGAGAUCCCUUUGGGCAGUGGGCAAUUCAGUGCUCUUGGGUCAAUUGAGCUGCACCAUUGUUGUGAAUCAGUUGAGAAAUCAGCCCGAGAAUACGAGGAAUAUUAUGGCAGCCCUAGUAUCAGUAGUCGGAUUGGCAAUCAGUAG